UCUACUUCCCUACAAGUAUAUUGUUGUGGUAAGGGCUUAGUCUAAAGGCUUAGGAUAUUUUUUAAUCUGAUGAUGAUUGAGAAAAUAAAUUGAGGAAAUAUAAGUGUAUGAAAGAAAACAAUAAAAUUGCUUUGAAAUACUUAAGACAGAAUCAAGGAGAAGAUUGAAAACUAAAGUACUUAGUGUCUUUUUAAGUAGGUAAUGGUAUUAAUGUAUUUAGUUGUUUGUGGACUAGAGAUGGUUGGGUUUCUUUGUUAUAAAGUUCUGUGUGGUAGAGUUAUAACCAAAUUAAUGAUGCUUUUAAAAUUUUAUCUUCAUGUUUUAUACUCCAGCUCAAUUGGUUUGAACUAUCCCUGUGUCAAAUAGUGACCUUGUAGCUAUUGUUGUCUCUGUUCCCAUUUGAUUGAAGUAAAAGAUUCUGACAGACUUGCUCUCCUUUUAUCUUCUCCAAGGGCUAUUUGAAGAAAUAGAAUGUUAAAAUAUGUUUCAUAAUUGGAACCACGAAAAGGGCAUAGGUUAAAAUUAGAACUAGACUGACAUUGCACUGGAGUCUGAGUGAGAGUUUUAAAUGGCUUUGGUAAUGCAGACAAGAUUCAUAAUUUAUCUCCGCUCUUGUCCAGAAAGCAAUGAGUCACAGAAAAUCCUUGAAAACACCAAGUAAUUAAGUAGUACAUUGAGCCUGAAAUUUAGUCAGAUUCCUGCAAGCAAAUCUGAACAUGUAAAGGAUCAUGGCUGAAACUGCAGUUUGCCUGGGAACAUUCUCUGCUGUGAAGACACUCUGGGAAGUGAGAAUACACAAGAUAAAUGAAGAAUUACAGAAAGAAAAGGAAUUCAGGCAGAGGUCUGCAGGAAGGCUACUGCUUGUCUGGGAGGAGAGAGCUGCUUUAGCAAAGCUCAAAGAAAAAGUUAUUAAUGAAGGUGGAAGAGCAAUUUUAAGGAUAGAGGAAGAAGAAUGGAAGACAUUACCUUCGUGCUUAUUGAAACUAAUCCAUCUCCAGGAAUGGCAGCUUCACAGAACUAGUUUGCAGAAAAUUCCUCAGUUUAUUGGAAGAUUUCACAGCCUUGUUGUUCUGGAUCUAUCAAGGAACUCAAUUGAAAGUGUACCUAAAGAAAUUGGCCAGCUCACCAGCCUCCAAGAGCUGCUUCUCAGUUACAACAGAAUAAAAUCUGUUCCUAAGGAAAUAAGUAACUGCAUCAGUCUGGAAAGACUGGAACUGGCUGUCAACAGAAGUAUCUCUGAUCUUCCUCCUCAGCUCAGUGAUUUAAAGAAGCUGUCACACAUAGAUUUGUGCAUGAAUCAGUUUACUGCCAUCCCUUCAGCUCUCCUCAAUAUGCCAAAUCUAGAAUGGUUAGAUAUGGGGGGAAACAAACUCCAGGAGCUUCCUGAUGCAAUUGACAGAAUGGAAAACCUCCACACUUUAUGGCUCCAAAGGAAUGAAAUAAACUCUUUGCCAGAAACCAUUGGUAAUAUGAAAAAUCUUAGUACUCUUGUUCUUAGCAACAACAAACUUAAGGAUAUUCCAGCUUGUAUGAAGGAUAUGACAAAUCUGAGAUUUGUUAACUUCAGAGACAACCCACUGGAGCUAGAGGUAACACUCCCUCCAUGUGAGAACACAGAUGAGGAGGAGCAACAGGAAAUGUUUGGCAUUGACUUCAUGCACUUGUAUAUCCAGGAAUCACUCAAGAAAACAGGAAAUGUGGAAAGUUGUACUUCUGGUUCUCCUCCUGUCAUGAAUCCUAAUGAAUAAAGAAUGUAACUGUGAAUGGAAGAAAAUAUCAAGUACACUUCUUCACAGCAAAGAGGCUA